ACACCCUAGCUGUGCGGCGCCCUUUGACGACCGUUCGCGCGUCGCCUGGCGGCAGUGUGGCUAUCAUGGCGUCGCCCUUUAGCGGGGUCCUGCAACUCACGGAUCUAGAUGACUUCAUCGGGCCGUCUCAGGACUGCGUCAAGCCCGUGAAGGUGGACGCGAGGCCGGGGCGCGGCGGGGCCAAGAUCCAGGUCGGGGACGACGGCAGCUACUUCCAGGUCCAACAGGGCGGCGGCGCGCGGAGGCUGGAGCGAGCCAGGGUCUCGCUGGACGACUGCCUGGCCUGCAGCGGCUGCGUCACGUCGGCGGAGACCGUGCUCAUCGCGCAGCAGAGCCACGAGGAGCUGCGGAAGGUUCUGGACGCCAACCAGACGGCGGCGCCCGCGAGGCGCAGGCUGGUGGUGGUGUCGCUGUCGCCGCAGUCCACAGCGUCGCUGGCCGCCCGGCUCCAGCUGCCCGCCGCCGACACGGCCAAGAGGCUCGCCUCGUUCUUCCGGAGCAUAGGCGUGCACUACGUCUUCGACGCGGCCUUCUCCAGGAGCUUUAGCCUCCUGGAGAGCCAGCGCGAGUUUGUGGAGCGGUUCCGAAGCCAGGCGCUGCCCGUGCUCACUUCCGCCUGCCCAGGCUGGAUCUGCUACGCCGAGAAGACGCACGGCAGCUUCCUGCUCCCCUACAUCAGCACCGCCCGCUCGCCGCAGCAGGUCAUGGGCUCCCUGGUCAAGGACUUCUUCGCCCAGCAGCAGCACGUGACCCCCGACAAGAUCUACCACGUCGCCGUGAUGCCCUGCUACGACAAGAAGCUGGAGGCGUCCAGGCCCGACUUCUUCAACCAGGAGCACCAGACCCGCGAGGUGGACUGCGUGCUCACCACCGGAGAGGUCUUCAAGCUGCUGGAGGAAGAGGGGGUCUCGCUGUUGGAGCUGGAGCCCACCCCUCUGGACAGCCCGUCCAGCAGCUGCUCCGCCCAGGAGCCCACCAGCCACCGGGGUGGGGGCUCGGGGGGCUACCUGGAGCACGUGUUCCGGCACGCGGCCCGGGAGCUCUUCGGGAUCCAGGACGCUGAGGUCACUUACAGACCCCUGAGGAACAAGGACUUCCAGGAGGUGACCCUGGAGCGGGAGGGCCAGGUGCUGCUGCGCUUCGCCUUGGCCUACGGCUUCCGCAACAUCCAGAACGUGGUGCAGAAGCUCAGGCGGGGCCGCUGCCCCUACCACUACGUGGAGGUCAUGGCCUGCCCCUCAGGCUGCCUGAAUGGCGGAGGGCAGCUGCGGGCCCUGGACGGCCCCGGCCGGGAGCUGCUGCAGCAGGUGGAGCGGCGGUACGGCGAGCUGGGGGCGCAGGCGCCCGAGGACGUGCCCGGCGUGCGGCUCCUGUACGCGCAGUGGCUGCAGGGCCAGGGCUCGGAGCGGGCCGGCCGCCUGCUGCACACACAGUACCACGCCGUGGAGAAGGCCGGCUCCGGCCUCAGCAUCAGGUGGUAGGAGACGCCCGCCCGCCACCGGGACCUCCAGGCCCGCCCCCAGCGCGAGCCGCGGCGACGGCAGAGGCCCCGGCCUCUGCGGGGGCGUGACAGGCCGAAGGGGAGGCCGGAGCUGGCCCGGACCAGGGCCCACACGCGCCGGGGCGGGCCUGGGGUGCUGAGGCAGAACCGAGUGGGUUCCCCACCCCCGUUGUGGCGCGUGCAGGGGGCGGUGGCAGUUGGCAGAGGGGAGCUGAGGGCCGCGGGUAACCAAGGGUCCCCUCCCAGACCACGUGCUCCUCACCGCCGGCACAGCCGGAGCCGUACCCGGGCCUCCUGAAGGCCCGUGCAGCCCCCUGGGCCGUCCGGACACCCUGGGCCGGAAGCACCCACUCACCAGCUGGACAGGGCCUCAGAGGAGGGCUCCGAGUCGGCCUGACCAUCACGGGAGGGGUCGUGGAAGCUGGUCCCUGAGCUCUGCCUCCCCCACCCCACAUGGUGCCCCAGACCUAGCCAGGGCUGGCCUGGCCUGUCUCCCAGGGAGUCAGUGACCGCCCGAGGCUGAGGGGCGCUGGCUGGAAGGCCCCAUCGAUGCUCCGGCGGGGUGGGCACUGUGGCUUAGCAGGUAAAGCCGCCACCUGAGGUGCUGGCUGGAGACUCUCUGCUGUGGCCUGGGAAGCAGUGGAAGAUGGCCCAAGUCCUCGGGUCCCUGUACUGGCAUAGGAGACCCCGAGGAGGCUCCUGGCUUCAGAUCUGCCGAGCUCCAGCCGUGGCAGCCAUCGGGAGUGAACCAGUGGGCGGAGACCUGUUUGUGCCUCUGUAACUGCCUUUCAAAUAAAUAAACCUCAAAACAAACCAAA